ACAUAAAAAGCUGUUGAACCGAUCAUCUAAUUCCAUCAUGGCACAGUCAGCCCAGGGUCCACUGAAUGUCCAAGACCUUGAUGCUAGCCAGUUGGCGAGCGUCAAGGAACAACUCGACCAGGAGUUGAUCCACUUGACCAACUCAUUUGCUCAGUUGCAAAACGCAAUUGGCAAGUUUAAUUCCGGAAUCGAAGCGAUCGAUGUGAUUCAAAAGAAGCAAGAACCUAUCCUCGUUCCUUUAACGGCCUCUCUUUACGUGCCCGGGAAACUGAAGGAUCCGUCGCGGAUAAUGCUGGAUGUCGGGACGGGUUACUUGAUCGAUCAGCCCAUCGGGUCUGCUCGAAGCUGUCUGAAUCGUAAGGUGUUGGGCCUCGGUCUGAGCCUUGAUCAACUGCAAAACACGAUCGAAACUAAACAAGAACAUGCAGGAUUGGUGCGCGAACUCAUCCAGAUAAAGACGAGCGCCCGGCCCCCUCAAUCCGACCCUAAGACGUCCUAAGUUUGCUUAUCCCCAAUCUCAAAGGCUCACCUCUUUUCGCAAAGCCGGUCACCCUUCCCAAUCGUUCAUUUGUUAUAUUUAAUCUAUGUAUGAAAUCCUAUUUCCAGUGAAAAUCAAACAAAAUGUUUACUUGUUGUUUCAAGAAAUCGAUUUCGUAUCAACAA